GGAGCGAUUGCUGGCCGACCCAACCGCGUCGUGUGCCCUGCAGGGCAUCAAUGGGGCCGCUACUCGCUUACAGAGCUUGUCCCUGUUAAGGCAAUAAGUGGGGGAUCUUUGUCUUUGUGGAUGUUCAUCAUGCGCGCGCGCGCUCCCUCGCACAUCCGGAAUGACAUCACCAUCUCGGACAGCAGAAGCGCGCCCCUGUGAUGCACGCGCACAGCAGCAGCAUCGGCACAGCAGCAGCAGCGGCGGCGGAGGAAGAAGAGGAGCAGCAGGAGGAGGAGGAGACGGCAUGGGUCGCUUGCAGAUGCGCCUCCGCUGACGUUCACAGCGACCGCGAGCAUUAUUAGCAGCGCCAGCGGACUGACGGAACGCCAUGGACACGCGCGCGAUCCUGCUGUUGUGCACCUGCGCCGCCCUCUCUCGAGCCCAGCUGACGUCGGAGCAGGCAAUGAGCGCAAUCGAGCAACAACCGACUCCAACCCAGACCGCCCCUCAAAUCACACCGGCCGUGGGACUCAAAGCCCAUCGCUCGGCUCCUCCAAACACACGUGAUUCUGACUCUUUGCACCCAGAUGACAACACAAGAGCCAUGAACAGGCAAGUGCUGGUGGGAGUGGUGGUGGCCCUGGUGCUGCUGCUGGCGACCUUCGGGGCCGUCAUGCUGUACAUUCUACGAUUUAGGAAGCGUAAACAGGCAUCGCUGAGCUUGGAGGUCGGUGCUCUGCAGAAUGGACGAGUGGCAGAGGAAUCGGAGUUCACGAGCACGCCACUGCUGGCACGCGUGCCCAGCACGGGACGGCAGUUCCCUCCCGUGCCCAUCGGCCGGCUCGAGGAGGACCUUAUCCGGCGCUCGGCCGACGAGUGCAAGCUCUUCCGCGACGAAUUCAACGGUCUGCCCAGUGAGCAUCCCCAGCUGAUGUGCGAGGCCGCGAGCCAGGAGGAAAACAAGGACAAGAACCGCUACAUCAAUAUCCUGCCGUAUGACCAGUCUAGGGUGCAGCUGAGCCCAAUAGAAUCGGUACCCGGAUCCGACUACAUAAACGCAAGCUACAUAAACGGAUACAGAGAAAAAAACAAGUUCAUAGCAGCCCAAGGUCCGAAGGAGGAGACAAUAAAUGAUUUCUGGAGGAUGAUCUGGGAGCAGAACACUUCCACCAUCGUCAUGGUCACCAACUUGCAAGAGAGGAAAGAGACCAAGUGUUCCCAGUACUGGCCAGACAAGGGCUGUUGGACGUACGGCUCCGUGCGGGUCUCCGUGGAGGACAUCACCGUCCUUGUGGACUACACCAUCCGCAAGUUCUGCGUACAGCUGGUCGGGGAGGGGCCGGGUAAACACCAAGCGCGCCUGGUCACCCAGUUCCACUUCACCAGCUGGCCGGACUUCGGGGUGCCCUUCACGCCUAUCGGCAUGCUCAAGUUCCUGAAGAAGGUCAAGACCUCCAACCCCUCCUACUCGGGACCCAUUGUAGUACACUGCAGCGCGGGAGUCGGCCGGACGGGAACGUUCAUCGUCAUCGACGCGAUGCUUGACAUGAUCCAGGCGGAGCAGCGUGUGGACGUCUUCGGGUUCGUGUCACGCAUCCGCGCCCAGCGCUGCCAGAUGGUGCAGACCGACAUCCAGUACGUGUUCAUCUACCAAGCACUGCUCGAGUUCCAGCUGUACGGAGACACGGAGCUGGAGGUCACUUCUCUGGAGUCGCACCUGCAGAGGCUGUCGCUCCGCUCGCCCGACACGGGGCUCAUCGGCCUGGAGGAGGAGUUCAGGAAGCUGACCUCUGUGAAGAUACAGAACGACAGGAUGCGAGCUGGUAACCUCCCUGCCAACAUGAAGAAGAACCGAGUCCUGCAGAUCAUUCCGUAUGAUUUUAAUCGUGUGAUCAUCCCCAUGAAGAGAGGGGAGGAAAACACGGACUACAUCAACGCAUCCUUUAUAGAUGGAUACCGCCAAAAGGAUGCGUACAUCGUGACGCAGGGGCCCUUGCCCCACACGGCGGAGGAUUUCUGGAGGAUGGUGUGGGAGUGGAAGUGCUUCUCCAUCGUCAUGCUGACUGAGCUGCAGGAGCGUGGGCAGGAGAAGUGCUUUCAGUACUGGCCUUCCAACGAUUCGAUCACCUUUGGUGACAUCUCCAUUGAAAUCAAGUCAGAGAAGCUCAUUGGCUCAUACACAGCCCGAGAAUUUGUCAUUUCCAGUGGCAAGGAUAACAAGAGCCGGCAGAUUCGGCAGUUCCACUUUCAAGGGUGGCCAGAGGUGGGCAUCCCAGAUGAUGGCAAGGGCAUGAUCAGCCUCAUCGCCGACGUGCAGAGGCAGCAGCAGCAAUCGGGAAACCAGCCCAUCGUCAUCCACUGCAGCGCCGGCGCGGGCAGGACGGGCACGUUCUGCGCGCUCAGCACGGUGCUGGAGCGCGUCAAAGCCGAGGGGAUCCUCGAUGUCUUCCAGACCAUCAAGAGCCUGCGCAUGCAGCGGCCGCACAUGGUGCAGACCCUGGAGCAGUACGAGUUUUGUUACAAAGUGGUACAGGAGUACAUCGAUACCUUCUCGGACUACGCCAACUUCAAGUGAAACGACCGUGCGGAGGCCUGCCGACCGAGGGCAGCUGCGAAUCACAGGGAGGAAGCGUCUACGAGCACCCAGAGCAGCCAAUGCCGCGCAUUUCCACAUCUGCGAUUCCACGUGUGCACGACAUUUAGUAGAACAAGGGGCAGCCGGCUACACAGGCUAAGGACGUUUCUCCUGCUGCCCUUAGAAUUUUUAGAUAGUUUCUCUUUAGGAAUUUCCACUAAGAACAUAUUAGAUCCAUUUGAACGAUAAUGAUAAAGACAACAUUUGCAGCCAUUUGUCAACUCACUGCUGGAUGAAGGGCUUCUCAUGCCGUGUCGGCUGUGGGGGUUAUUUAGCCAUACUUCACCACGCUGCCAAGUGCAGGUUGGUGAAGGGGAUGCCCAAGUUUGGUUUGGACAUCACCCGCCACCGAUGUUCCCCUUGGCUGGAAUGUGUUGGGUUGCUGGGCUCAUGGCGCAGUGCGCUAACCAGUGCCACCAAAGCCAUGCAGGUCGACUAAAUACAUCUUAGUUUAGCUACGAUGUAUUACUUUGACAACGAAAGCUCAUCGUGACCCACAGCCUCUUAAACGCAGGUCACACAGGUAUUUUUUUUAUUAGAAUUGUUAAAAGGUAUUAAUGCGCUGCACUUUGAAUUUUAUCGCUUGCAAGUGCAGUAAAAAAAACACAUUUUGUGAAGCACUUUAUACGGAUAAUUUGUAAAUGGGUGUUACGAGCCAUUAGUAAUGCACAUUAAAAGCAAUUAGAGGCAGCGAUUUGAUUUCAAAACACACUUCGGUAGCUACAGUUUGGUGGCACAAUUAUCGCAGUAGGCUUUGUGGUUAGGGAGCUUAUCAAUGCACACAACAUACAUGCAUCUUGUAAACAAGCAGACUGUGGGCCCCAAGCAGACAUUACGUUUGGGUGUGCAGUCAUGUGUGACGACAAGCAUUAUGUGAUGGACAAGCAACGGAAUCUAAAUAUCACGAUUGUGUGAACUAAUGAGCAUAGACUAAUUACAAUUAAAAUUAGUUUAACAAUCAGAAUAAGAUUUAUAUAUAUGUAGAUCCGAAUUCAAGCCGCUUGGGGCACUAAGCUUUCACUUGGGAAGCUUAUGCAUAACACCACCACCAGUCGUAGUUUAUUGACCACUGUUCCAUAAUUCGGUGUACAAAGGCAUUUCAUUGGUCUUCACCUGGCAUAAAACAAUGUGGAAAAGCAGCACUGGGUCGUUCUGUGUGUUCCUCCAUCUGGACUUUUAGGCCCCCCAGGGCGAUGGCAUCCAGCGGUUCGCAACAUCGCGAGCACUGUGCGCUGCAAACACCGGCUCCGUCGUGUAAAUACAAUGUAUCGCAAGUCGCAUUAUUUUGUACCUGUGUUGGAAGCUUUGUUUUAUUUUUUUUAAGGGGGGGAGGGGGGGGGGAUUUUGCCGAAAGUGUACCGUGCAAUUGCGUUAUUUUUUAAAUGUGGACACCGUGGAGUGCACAGUAUUUAAUUGUUAAUUAAAAUAAAUUCCGCAAGUUUGUAUAUUUUUUAUGAAAUAUUAUAUAUACAGUAUAUCAUUACGAGACAAUCUUUGCGUCAAGUUUGCCUGUUUAAGUUAUUGUGAUGUAUAUCUUUGGGCUGCCUUACCAUGCAAACCCUUUUCCCCCCUCACCCUGUGCAAAUGCAUUGAACAAAAUAUCAACCGUUUUUGUAUAUAUUGCCAAGAACCCAACACGAUUAACUCACUCGUGCCACGCUCUAUUUUUAAAAGGAGGUACUUUAUGCUAUAUAAUAAAAUCACACUUUUUAUUAGAUUGUAUUUAUUGUUAUUUAAAUUAAAAUGCUGGCCAAAAAAACCCUAAAUAGUCUGUGCUAAAAAAGUUAUUGCUUUUGUGCUAAAAUCAGCAAUGAGGCUGUGCUCAUCUCCUGAUUACAGCCCUGAGCUUGUGGUGGAAAUUCCACAUUCCUUACGGUGAGGGUCAGUCUAUCCACUUGGAACAACCACUUGAUUUCCACAUUUUGUGGUGUUCAUUUUAUCGACUCCAGAAGGAUGAUGGGCUGAGUCAAGCACCGACCCGGAUUUGAACUUGAAAUCUUCGAAAUGCGAGCCACUCACUACUGCCGAGCUACCUGGCCGGAUUAUGAUGUGGUAUUUGAGUACUAUCGAUGACAAAUUUACAAAGUCAAUAACAUUCCAUGCCGUCAUUUUGUAUGAUAAUUCCAGUUGCUUUUUAUCUAUAGUUUUACAACUUUUAAUACCAUAAAAAUAUAUACGGUUUUCUUUAGAAACACUUUAUGAAUGUAGCACAAUUGCCCAUGCGUUGCCGUAGAAUCUUAACUGUGUCAAUUGCCCCUUCUUGUAUUCCAUGAGCUGUGUGUAGAACGUGCGACGGGUAGCUUCAGUGUGCACGGAGGAAAGAACAACGCGCCGCUUUCAAACAAACCGCUUCCUUCUGUAGACAUCAAAACUGCGUCGGGAGUCAACCUUGUGGCUUUUAGUCAACUCGGUCACUUCCAGGGUGUGGGUACAAAACCUACACGUUAUGUCCUUUAUGAAUUAUUUACAUAAACAAGGACGGAUUGUGCUAUCAAAGAGCCACUAGGUUAAGUAAAUAAAGCCUCCUUCCCAUAUUUGUCUCAAUGUAAAAAAAAUACAUUUUUUUUACACAACCCAUGCCUUCAUCGCUUUCUCGUGAAUAUUAGCAGCAUUGGUUCAACACAAAACUGGACUGGUUUUGUCAUUCAGUGUCUCAUCAAAGUCAGACUUUCUUGCUUGAACCAAUACUGCUGAACUGCCCGAUGUUUACCGUAAAGGAGACAAAAAUGGGGCCUAGUUUCAUGCAAAACUUAAUUAUGCAUUUCAAAAUAACCAUGAAAUAAUAAUGAAUAACGAUUAUUAGUUUAAUUGUGCAUUUCAUUAACAGCCAUUUCCUGUACAUAUGCAUGUUCAGAAUCUGAGGCUAAUGCUCAUUUGGAGGCAUUGCAGAAGCAUUGUCCAUGGAAUAGUUCAUAAUACCUUUGCACUUACAAAAUUACUGCACCCAAGACAGACAUUUGAGCAUCUUUCCAAAAUGUAUUUUUUCCCCCCAAGGAAUUUCCCUCUGAAGGCUUGUAAAAAAAAGUUGUGGCCGACGCAAUGGCCACUUGUUAUUAUGAGUUUUAAUUUAUUGAUUUGUACGGGUCUUUUUAUUCACGUGCCGUGCGGUCCAGCCUUUUGUAUUGGGUUUAUGAUACAGUGUCAUAUCUUUGAUGACUGCAAUUUGGUGUUCAAUGUUUGCAUGUGAAUGCUCGUGUCAAAUGCGAAUAUAAUUUGUUUCCAUCCCUGUACUUUGUGUAUUGUAAAACGUUCCAAGUUAUUUAUUUCGGUAUUUAAAAAAAAACCUCCCUCGAAUUAAAGUCACAGGUCACAUCAACCAUCUUUAAUUAAUGAGUGAAUAUGCAAUUCAUUUUGACUAAACUUAAAUUACAUUGCAAAAGAAAUAUUCUUUAUACGAUUAACUUUUUACGUGAUGAUUGAAAUUGGGACAUUUUAUGAGCGUUUUUGAGACAUCAUAAAAUAUAUUAUAUAAAAAUUUUUAAAUCAAAUCUGAACAGCGUACAUUGCUCCAUGUGACCAGACAGUGGGAAGAUGUGUACGUGACAUGUAGGCUUUUGGGAGUGCUUCAAUGUGCUGAACUGAAAUAAGUGAAUUUGUAUCUAUUCUUACAUCCCAAUGGAAAAUGUUGACAGACUAAUUUGUAACGACCGACAAAUAGUGAUAUUUUAGGCACAGCUUACGAGACCCUACCUAUAUUGUCAUUGGAUUUAAAAAAAAAAAACAUUUGGUCAGAAAAAAAUAAUUGCAACACUUAUUUUUAUGCCCUUAAAUUUGAUAUUAGAGCAAGAUGAGAAUAACGUGCUCACAUCAGUUGUACAGAUUGUCCUUUAUGAGAUUGGUAUUGUAAGCACAAAGAUGUCACGCAAGUGGGCAUGGAAACUUAAAUGAAAAAGUACCAAGCUAGACUCAUACUAACUUUGGAAAUUGUGAGUGUUACAAAAUAUUUUUGCGCUUUUUUUUAAGUCAUGAAUAAAAUGUUUAAUGAAAUAUUA